UUUGAAUACAAGGAAGUGUUGGGAAUGUAGCUCACUGUUUGGAGUUGGAGGAUACAAGGUCAUAUUAAAACAGGUUGGCUUGUCACAGUGAGACAUGUCAGAACAUGUUGAAGUUUGACCUGUGUGGAUCAAUAAUCUCCAACUGAAGAAUCUCACCAUGGAGGGAACUUCCAGAAGUGACGCUGCUGGCCAGCUGCCUGUCGCAGCACAGGUUCCUUUCCUUCACCUGUGUACCACUUUAGAGAAAAUCCAGAAGUCUAAACUCCGUCCAGAUAAAUCCAAGAUCCUUGGGGAUUUCAUUGCAUCAUGGAGGAAGUUUCAUUCUGCCCUCCACAAGGACAAGCCCAAAACAACAGACUCUUUCUACCCAGCUAUGCGCCUCAUAGUCCCCUCUUUUGAACGCGAGCGGAUGGCAUAUGGCAUCAAAGAGAACAUGUUAGCUAAACUGUACAUCGACGUACUAGGCCUUCCAAAGAAUGGCCCAGAGGCCAAUAAACUGCUGAACUACCGAGCUCCAUCUACAUCCCAAGGAGAAGCUGGAGACUUUGCGGGCAUGGCGUACUUUGUGCUGAAGAAACGGUGCACCAGCCAAGGCAACCUCAGCAUCAAAGAAGUCAAUGACUUUCUGGACUCGGUGGCCAUGAACAACGCCAGCAAUCAGAAGGAUCUUGUGAAAAAGAGUCUCCUGCACCUCAUCACCCAGAGCUCGGCUCUAGAGCAAAAAUGGCUCAUCAGAAUGAUCCUGAAGGACAUGAAGCUCGGGGUCAGCAAAGAAACUGUUCUCCAGGUUUUCCACCCGGACGCUGCUGAGCUCUACAAUGUCAACACAGACUUGAACAAGGUGUGCCAGCAGCUCCACAACCCGUCUGUCUCUUUAAGCGAAGUCUCCAUUGGACUCUUCUCUGCCUUCAAGCCCAUGUUGGCAGGUGUGGCUAACAUCCGCAAUGUGGAGAAACAGAUGGGCAACAGCCCCUUUUACAUCCAGACCAAGCUGGACGGGGAGCGUAUUCAGCUGCACAAAGAUGGAGACGUGUACAAAUACUUUAGCAGGAAUGCUUUUGAGUACACGCAGCAGUUUGGAGCAUCUGCACUUGAGGGCUCACUAACUCCUUACAUCCACAAUGUUUUCAAAAGCCACGUCGUGAACUGCAUCCUCGACGGCGAGAUGAUGGCGUACAACUCAAGCACAGAGAACUUCAUGCAGAAAGGGAGCAAGUUCGACAUCAAGAGGCUGAUGGAGGACUCCGAGUUACAGACGUGCUUCUGCGUGUUUGACGUGUUGUUAGUCAAUGACCAGAAGCUUGGCAAGGAAACACUGAAGAAACGCUAUGAGACCAUUCAGACGGUUUUCACCCCAGUCAAGGGAAGGAUUCACCUGGUGCCACAGACCGAAGCCAGAACCGUGCAAGAGGUGGUGAACGCCCUCAAUGACGCCAUAGACAGCAGAGAAGAAGGGAUCAUGGUGAAGGAUCCGUUAUCCAUCUACAAACCUGACAAGCGAGGGGAGGGAUGGCUGAAAAUAAAGCCAGAAUACGUUGAUGGAUUGAUGGAUGAGCUUGACCUGCUGAUUGUCGGUGGCUACUGGGGGAAAGGGAGACGGGGUGGUAUGAUGUCCCAUUUCUUAUGUGCCAUUGCUGAAGCUCCAAAGCCUGGCGAGAAACCUUCACUUUUCCACAGCUUCUGCCGCAUCGGCUCUGGAUACACCAUGAAGGAGCUGUAUGACCUCGGUUUGAAGCUAGCCAAGCACUGGAAAGUGUACCGGAAGAACGACCCGCCGGCGUCCAUCCUGUGUGGCACAGAGAAGCCAGAAGCCUACAUCGAACCCUGCAACUCUGUCAUCAUCCAAGUCAAGGCGGCCGAGAUAGUCGGGAGCGACAUGUAUAAAACCAACUGUACCCUCCGCUUCCCCAGGAUCGAGAAGAUCCGUGAUGACAAGGAGUGGCACCAGUGCAUGACUCUGGCAGAGCUGGAUCAGUUCCGCAGCAAGGCGUCGGGGAAACUCGCCUCGCGCCACCUUCACAUCAACGACAACGAACUGCAAAAGAAGAAGCGCAAGGUGGCAGCCAAGCCCAAGAAGGUGAUCGGGCUCAUCGACCACUUCAAGCCUCAGGACCUCUCCGGGGUUACCAAGGAGACGGAUAUGUUUGAAGAUGUGGAGUUCUGCAUCCUGAACGGCACCGAGGAUCACCCCAAGGCCGAGCUGGAGAAGGGCGUGGCCAGGUGUGGAGGAAUCGUGGUUCAAAACCCAGGACGGGACACCUACUGCGUGAUUGCCGGCAUGGAGAACAUGCGUGUGAAGAACCUGAUUUUGUCCAACCAGCACGACGUGGUUUGGCCCUCAUGGCUGCUGGAGUGCCUGAACCAGAAGGAAGUGGUGCCAUGGCAACCACACCACAUGAUCCACAUGUCGCCCUCCACCAGGGAACACUUUGCCAAGGAGUACGACAGCUACGGCGACAGCUACUUUGUGGACACAGACGAGCAGCAGUUGCGAGAGGUCUUCGGCAGGAUCGGCAGUGGGGGCGUGGCGGCGGCUGCGGCUGCGGCCGUGGACCUCGCGCAGGUCGAGCAGCGUUACAGCUGGGACGACCUUCCCACCAGUAUGUUCAGACCCUUCACAGUUUACAUGGACAGCUAUGCUGACAUAGGAGACCCUGAAACUGCCAUACCUGCCACCUGUUUGGACAUCCGGGCGCUGGAGUUUCGAUACCACGGGGGCACAGUGGUGCAGGAGUUGGAGGAAGGAGUCUCUCACGUCAUAAUCACAGAGGAAACACGACUUCUGGAUUUCAAGACUCUGAGGCGGCGCUUUAGGAAGAAGUUUAAGAUCGUAAAAGACUCAUGGGUGACUGAUUCAAUUGAAGCAGGGUAUCUGAUGAAUGACGAUAACUACUUGGUUUAAUGAGGGUUCUGGUGAUAUAUACAGAUUUAAGACACUGGAGGAAUAUCCUGUUUUUAUCAAGCAUUUUAAUUCAUUCUUAAUAAGAUUAGUAAUAAACACUUAAAGAAAAGCUGAACAAUUAAAAACUCACCAUCAACAUUAAGGGUGAGAUAAGAGGUUUUAAGACGUGACUGUACAGGGAUGUUACUUCACUUACUUUCAUGCAAAGUUGAUGAGUUUUAUCUUCUGUUUUUAAUGAUUAAAGCUGCUUGUUAUUAGUUUUAAAUGAAUAUGCCACUAUAAAGUUUUUUUUUCAGUUCAAAAAGUUAGAGUUGCAUUAUGAGACAUCACAGAAGGUGUUUUGGUUUCUCUUUAAACCUUUAGCUGAUUUACUGGAGAGGAGAAGAGGUUUUCCACUUUACCAAAACUGGAACACUGCGUAUGAUUUCUGGGAAUAUAAAGGUUCUGUUUCUCAAAAUACUUUUAACUGUUCUUAGAUUUGAACUUAUCCAAUCCACAGCGGACUAAUGUAAAUCAGUAAAGCCUGGGGAACAGAUGAGUGCACAACGACUAGGGAAUACUCCACCAGGAAUAUGGCCCAUUCUUAUUGUUUCAUUUUAAAUGGGCAGUCCAGUGAUUUAGUAUCGCAAGAUUGGUCAAAAUUGAAGCAACAGAAGGCGAGACGUUCUGAUUUUUAGUACAAUGUAGGGGGCAAACUCCUAUAAACAUCCUAUAUUUCCCAAAAUGCAACUGGAUAGCAUCUUUGUUAGACCCUCCUUGAUAGGUGGUGGCCUUUUGAUAAAAGGAAACAGUGAAAUUCUUCCUGUGCCUUUUGUGCUUUUAUGUCUGUGUAAUUACUAAAUUAAGUACAACCCUAAUAAAUAAUUUGAUUUGGUAAAAAACAGCAUUAACAUUGACUGUUUGAGUGACUAAUGAAUUUUAAAAAUUGGUAAUUAACUUAAAAACGAGCGUCUGUGUGAA